UUCGUGCAGGAGCAGCCAUAUUUGAUUUUUCAUCAAAACAACCGAACAAUACAAUUCAAAACAGACGAUGUUAUUUGCCAGUGUUUUCACUUAUUUUGUGCAGUAUGGAGGGAGAAGACGAUGUUUUUGAAAUAGAAAAUAUUCUUGAAAGCUCUGUUAAAAAGGUGAGUGGUUUAUUAUGCAUUUGAAAACUUGAUAAGUUUAGAACACGUAACAUUUUUGUAUGUAUAAAUUAUACGCAAAAAUUCCACAUGUGAACGCAUCGAUAGUUUAUCAGAAUGUUGACUGUUCGUCUGAAAUUCAAACAUUUACUGAAGAGGUUAUUGAUAUUCUAUAAUAGAAACAAUUUAACGGUGUGUAAACAGGAUUAUAUAUUUCGUUUAAUGCGUGCACUAUGAGUUUAAUAUAUGUGUUGCCAUUAAUGCCCAAUCGGCCAAUCAUGAUGUCAAUUAAAUGUGGCACGCAAUGCAUAUUUCAGCCUCAUAAUGCACAUUCUGUUAUAAAAGCUCCUUUCAAAAGAGUCUAGUGCUCAAAAUCCUGGCAAAAUAAAAAUUAAUUUUGUCAGUGAAUUUCUUGAAUCAAGUACCCUUACCUGACUGCAUUUCAUUGAGGGACUUCUUCAUAAUCCCUUAGAAUAAAAAAAUUGUAAAUUACUUGGAUGCAUUUUUUUUAAAUUACCUACUCUGUAGGAUAUCUUAUUAAGGAGUUUAGGGUAAACUUUCCGUCUCCCCCUUGAAAAUUUACACUACAACUUUUGCCUAAAAUUGUCGCAUGCAACCUAGUGCUUACUUACAACUUGAGUUGUACUGAGUAAAUCAAGCACACAACUCGCUUACGUUGUCGUGGGUGAAUUGUGAGCUAAUAUCAAAUUUUAAAUCAACUUGAAAGCAUAAUAAAAGUCUUCAUUUCUCAGGGUAUACGAUAUUAUCAGGUGCGAUGGAAAGGUUUUGGAGAAGAAGAAGACACUUGGGAGCCAGAGGAAAAUUUGUUUGAUUGUAAAAGUGUUCUUGAACAAUACUGGAAGAGAAGUAGAAAAAAUAAAAAGACUAAGGUAGAACAACGUAAUAAUAAUAAUAACAUAUUCAUUGCAGAGUUCGAAAUUUACAUUCGCUUCUACUUACAACCAGAAUAGUAGAUUUUAAAAUUUACUAUUCUGUCUGAAUAUAUUCUUCUAUACUUAUAUUUUAACCUGUUCACAGACUAGUGUCUAUGACAAUUGUCACGUAAACAAACUCAACACAGUUACAACAGUCAAAUGACCCUCAAUAAUGUUUAUACUACUAUACUAGAAUAUUUUCUACUAUACUAGAAUAUUUUCUACUAUACAAAUAGAAUACUGAGAGCAUUUUUCUGAGCAAGCCUCCAUUGUUAAGUGACACUAUUAAAUUGCAGGGCCGUAGACACCAGGGUGUCUUCAGUGUGAGAGGGAUAUAAUGACUUGCUGAUCACAUUUGCAGCGGCUAUUACAAAAUUCCUUCCUACAGUAGUGCUAAACUGUAUUUUUGGGCAGGGUUUGAGGUUAGAAUGUUCUUCAGCAAUCCAUGGUGGAUGCAGCAAUUUCAACCUGAUAUCCAAACUGAAAAUCUGGUAUUCACAUUCUUUCAAUCCAAGGCCGCCGGAAGUAAAUCAAUAUUAGGCCCCCCUCAAUAUUGGGCUCAAGAAUAAAUCUGAAUUGCUUUUGCACUUUUCUUGUUCUUUUGUGUGUUUUGCUUAUACAAAUGGAAAUUAUUGGGGAGCCCCCCCCCCCCGCCCCCCCCUCUUCAGACGGCCUUGCAAUCUAUUGCAUUAUUUAGCUGCAUGAACUCAAAACUUCACUAAAUGUAAAAGGUCUCCCAUUACUUAUAUGACAGUGUUCAAUGUUAACUACAGCUGUUGUAAUUUUGUAAUUGUACUGAAUAAACAUGUGGGAAUGAAAAUGGGUUAGACAAGAGCCUCUUGUUUAUCACACCCUGGUUUAUAUUGUACCCACUUUCUCUAAAUAUGUCCAGCACAAUUGACAAACAAUUGCAUUGUCAGGUUGAAAAACGCAAGUCUGAAUCAACAUCCCCUCCACCCCAAACCAGUAAAGCCAAGAAAAAGAAAUGUGGAAGAACAACAAACAAUAGCACCAUUGCACGUAUCGACUCCAGUUCAUCACAAGACGAAAACAUUCUAUUUCCCAACACAAACAAAAGAACUUCUGUUAAAUAUUCAAAAACAAAAAGAAAACAUGGAUCGGAUAAAGAAGUUCGCUUAAAAAAGAACUGCUCAGACACUAGCCUAGAGAGUGAGAGUUCCAGUAAAAGCAAGGGAAAUACUGUAAAAAAGAAGAAAAGAAAAAAACAGAUUGAUAAGGAUUCGUCUGUUAAAAGCGAAUCAGAGCAACCUCAUGCAACAAAACAAAUCUUGGAUGAGAAUGAAAACACUAAAGAGACUAACCAGACUUUGAUUUCACCAGAAGAAAACACUACUCCAGCGAUAACCAUCGAGAAUGCACCGGCAAACAAUUCAACAAAUACCAAAAGUGAAUUGGCUUUGCAGCGUGAAAAUUCUCGUGAAAGUCUGAGUAAUAGAAGUCUAGGAAAAAGAAGCUGGUCCUCGUAUGAAGCUUCACCUGAAUUCGUUCCCGAGUAUUGUGAUGAAACAUUAGCUUAUGAUAUUUGUAAUGAAGAGGAAUAUGAAUAUUUUGGAGACACCGGGUACUUCGUCAAGGAUAGUGUUGGAUAUGAAGAAAGUAAUUAUUUUGAACCAGCGGAGAGACCAGUCAUCCUCUACGAAAGACUCGUGGAGGAUGACAGUCACGUGAACGAUGAUGAAGGUCACGUGAAAGAUUAUGAAGACCAUGCGAACGAUGAAGAAGAGCAUGUGAAAGGUGAUGAAAAGCAUGUGAAAGAUGACGAAGACCACGUGAAAGACGAUGGAGACCACGUUAAAGAUGAGAAAGACCACAUGAAAGAUGGUAAAGACCGCGUGAAAGAUGAUAAAGAUCACGUGAAAGAUGAUGAAGACCAUGUGAACCAUGAUGAAAAGCAUGUGAAAGAUGACGAAGACCACGUUAAAGAUGAUGAAGACCACGUUAAAGAUGAUAAAUACCACGUGAAAUAUGUUGAAGACCACGUGAACAAUGAUGAAAAGCAUGUGAAAGGUGAUAAAGAUUACGUGAAAGAUGAUGACGAUCACGUGAAAGAUGAUAGAGACCAUGUUAAAGAUGAUAAAGACCACGUGAAAGAAGUUGAAGACCACGUGAACAAUGAUGAAAAGCAUGUGAAAGGCGAUAAAGACUACGUGAAAGAUGAUGAUAAUCACGUGAAAGAUGAUGGAGGUCACGUAAAAGAUGAUAACAAAGGCAACAAUGAAGCAAGUUUAUUUGUGAAGCAAGCAAGAACAAAAGAACAGAAACGAGGAGACACUACUAGCAGUAUACCAGAAGUAGAACAUCAGUUGAGUAGUUCCACCAGCAGAGAUACUGGCCAUGAUAUUCAGCAGUCUAAGGAGGACGUUUCUCCAAAGAAGAAUGAUGUUCUUCAGCACCAAGAGGAAUGUUUACAAUUUGCAGAUAAACACAUUGACACCUUGAACAGUGAGGGCUGCACAGGACCUCAACUGAAUACAGAGGAAAGCGGCGAUGUUUCAAAAACACUGCAAAACGAUGAUAUCAUGUUUAACAAACGUUUGUCUGAUGGUGGUGAUAAAACUACGACGGUUGGUGAUAUGAAGACUUUAAAGAAGGAGAACCUGAGGCUUAGCAUUAGGUCUAGUAGUUCUGGAGACAGCGCAUGUCUUGCUGACGGUGAAUGCAUGUCACCUGAGUUUGGUAAACUACCUGAACCGCGGAAGGGUUAUUUUGACGGAGUUUUUGCUGAACAAAUAAGCCAUGAAAAAGAGACAUUCACACAUGAAAUGGGAAACAACGGAAACGAAUUGAUGAAACGAAAUGAUUGUAAAGAUGAACCAGGCAACACUAGAACACAGGAGGUGCAUGGAAAUGUUUCAUCUCAUGACCUAAAAAGCGAGGCACAUACGGAAGAAACAAGAAUUGAAUCGAGUAAGAUCAUUUCAAACGUUGCGGUAAAAAAUUCAGAUGUUGCUCCUGCAGAGCAAUCAGUGGGAAAUGCAAGUACUGAUGAGAAAUUGCUGCAUUGUGAUACAAAAUCUGAAGGGCGGCCACAAAUUCUGGAGCUGGAAGCAUAUGAAAGUGAAAAAUUUAAUUCUAUUGAAAUGAAAGGUAAAUUUUGUAGUGAAAGUGAAAAAAAUAAUAAUACCCAGGAUGUUUUAUUGGAUAUAUCUCAAACGUCUCAAAGCAAGUCUGAGACGAUUUCAAAUAUUGAUGAUGCGAAGGAGCAAACGUGUACAAGGACAGGCCUGAGUCCCAUUGACAAGGAAAGGAAGUUGUCUGAAGAGGAGACAGCACAUUGUUUGCUGGAUUUGUCCAGUGUAAGAAUUGGCAUAGCAAGGAAAAGUGAAAUUGACAAAGUAUGUGUUCAAUCUUCCAACGAAGAAACACGUAGCCAUGUACCAGAUGUGGAUUUGAAUAAAUCGGGCAAACUGGCAUCCGGGAAAGAAAUGAGUAAUAUUAAAGGACCACAUGCCAGCUCAAUGAAGAAUGAAAAUCUAAAAGGAAGUAAGCAACAAUUGACUCUCAAGAGAAAAUCAGAUGAAAACAAUAGUGAGAAGUUUGGGAAGAAGACUAAAAUACUUUUAAACUUACCUUUUAUCGAACAAGGCAGUGAAGGGAUGUUAAGUAUUUUUGAUGAUGCUAUGAAGCGGCCUCAAGGGGGUGAAACGGGCAUAAAAGGAAAAUUUUUAUCAUCCAAUGAUAAAAAUAUUACUUUGAGGACUGACCGGGAAGACGUUCCUGUGUCAAAGUUGACGAAGAACUUUAGGACAAGAGUAGAAACAAGUUCUUCUAGUUCACUUUCCUCUCAAGAUUCUUCGAGUGAACAGAAAACAAAUGAUAUAUCACGAAUUAUAAUGAAGAGUUCAGAAACAGCUACUGAUAAAACUAUUACUUUGAUGACAGACCGGGAAAAGUUACCUGCGCCAAAGCCGACAAAGAACUUUAGAACAAGAAGAGAAACAACUUCUACUGGUUCACUUCCAUUUCAAGAUUCUUCGAGUGAACAGAAAUCUAAUGUUAUAUCACGAACUAUAAUGAAGAGUUUAAAAGCAACUACUGAUCAAAGCAGGGCUUUGUUAACUCACAAAUUUGUACCUACUGAGUCCCAAAUAAAACAUAAUGUUUCAGUGGCAGAGGAAACGACCACUUCUGACUCAUCUUCAGUCAAAGUGACAUCGACUUCCAGUAAUACUUUAGAACAAAAAUCGACGACUCCCUCCUUAAGCGAACCAGCUCCACCAGCACCUGCCCCACCAGCACCUAUCCUACCAGCACCUGCCCUACCAGCACCUGCCCCACCAGCACCUGCCCCACCAGCACCUGCCCCACCAGCACCUGCCCUACCAGCACCUGCCCCACCUGCACCUGCCCUACCAGCACCUGCCCCACCUCCACCUCCACCUGCUCUACCAGCACCUGCCCUACCAGCACCUGCCCCACCUGAACCUGCCCCAACAGCACCUGCCCCACCAGCAAGCUUACCCGAACAAGAAAUUGUACAAGAAGCAACUCCAGGAUCUGCACCAGAUAUUAAAAAGAAUGAAACGCACCCGGAGGAACAUUUGUCUUCUUUAAACACUUCAGAAAAGGAACCUGAAAUGAUUGUGUUUGGAAAAAUUGAGGAGAAAAAGAAGAGCGAGCAGAUCACUAACUCUGCUUCCAAUGUGCAGAACAACAAAUUCGAUUUAGUGUCUUCUCAACAAGGUUUAACAAAAACAGAAGAACUUAAUUCAGUCAAUGAUAAGAAGGACCUGCAUCCACAGUACAUCCAAAUUACAGAAGGACCUUCCACCACGAUGUUGUUGAAACAGACCUCGCCAUCAAGUGGUGGGAUGAUCACACAAGUUUAUGGUAGAGGGAGGUAUGAAGGAAAUGAUCCUGUUUCAUGGAGUUGUGGCCCAAGCAAGACCUAUCCUUAUUCUGUACAGUUUGGUGCCACUUCACUAAACCAAAAUAUGUAUUCUGAUUUACCAACUGCUAACCCUUUUAUAGUAAGCCAUUUAAACCAAAAAGGCUUUUCAGUGCCACCCAGCCAUUUCAACCAGCAACCAACACAGCCUCACGUAAACCCAAGACCGUUUUCAGCAGUUGCUGGUAUCAACUGGUAUCCUGAAAAUCAGACCCAACUUGGGUCUAGACAAGUGAGGCUCAUAUCUCCUCGAUUAAUUACACCAAGACCAUUGUAUUUUGUCCCGGCUUUUCCGAUGUCCUCGCAGUAUUCCCAACCAGUAUUACACAACAGCAUGUACGCUAGAGCCUUACAAGAAAUGGCGAAGAGAAGACAGCCUGAGACUUUAGAUCAAUCUGUUACGUCAAGUUUUAGUAAUAAGGAAUAUUCUUCAUCUAUUGACGCGGAUAGGGCAUGGUAUGCUAAGCAUGUUGGGAGUACCAGUACAGUUAAUUCGUCGCAAACUAUCAAAACCGAACAAAACAUAGGUAGUAUUGAUGCACCUGAAUUGAAAGGUACAAGUGGUGCAAGUCUAUCAAAUAAUAUCACGGUUAGUAUCUCAGAAUCCAAAAGCAAAGAUGAUUUUUUAUCAUCAGUUACCGAGACGCAUUCUAAUGCGGAGAAAAUUGAUACAAAACCAUCAUGUAUGACUACGGAAACCAAAAAAGGGGAUUUAGUUGUUUCAUCACAAAGUGGGUCUUGUGUUGAGACGAAAAGCAGUUCUACAGGCGAAGAAUGUUCUGGGAUUAAACAGGAGUUAUGUAAGGAUUCAGGUCUGAAGAUUUCAGACGAAACAUCCAUUGGUCAUGGCGAACCUAUAUAUGACUUAGAUAAAGCGAAAAAUACCAAAACUACGUCAAUGUUAUCACAAUCUAAGGCAAGUAGUUCAUCAGACGCUGGCAAUACCAUUACUAAAUCCAAAAGUAAGGCCAUAGAUAAAGAUGAGAAUAAAGGCAAAGGGAAAAAUAUUGACAAAGGUAAAAAUAAGAAUAAACUCACUGCAAACUCUGAAUCAGAUAAAAAAACAAUAUCGCAUUCCUUACCGUAUUCCAAACAAUCCUCUGUGAAGGAUAUUAAAAACACAAACCAAAAAUCAACCAACGAGAAGUCGGAAAACCGAUCAUCCGGUAGCAGUUCUAGGAGUGGCUCAAAGGAAAAAGAGCGCUGCAGGGAUUCCUCGAAAGAUAAGAAAGAGAAAAGAAAUGAUUCUGAGAAAUUGCGUGGAAAAGAGAAGGAGAUUCCUCGGAAAAAAGAAGAUUCGUCAAAGACAGAUUCUCGUUCUAAGGGGGAUGACCACCGGACUAAACACGAUUCAAAAGGAAAGGAAGUUAAGGUAAGGAUUUUGUUGGAAUCAAACUUGAAAAAGUUCACAUUUGUGCAAAAGAAGUGGCGAUAUUAUACGACUCAUUAUAGAUAAUAAAAGUCGGCUUUAUUUACAAUUUAAAUAGAUUUAUUAAAAUAAUUUGAUCUUUGGUCCUUCCAUGGUCCUCUCAACAUGAUGAAUAAUGUCAAAUUAGCCUUUCUCACACUUAUUCCGCUAUUCUUGGGAGUACUGCCUCUCACAAGUCGUUAAAAUCAUUUAAAAAACUCAUUAAUAAUUCAUGAAGAAAACACAAAGAAAAAUCAUAAGCGUGUCGUAUCUGUAUAUGUGAUACAGAUUCAUGUUGAUUUACAUAAACUUUAACUUUGAUUUUCUCGGCUAAGACAAAGUUUAUUUUUAAAAUUACUUCGCCAAUGAACUCAUAAGAUGAGUCGUUUUUUAAGUUGUUUACAACAUUCGCGUCCGUGUUGUAUCGGAUAUACAAACUCUCGCCUUCGGCUCGAGUUUGUAUAUCCGAUACAACACGGCCGCUCAUGUUGUAAACAUUACUUAUAAUCUUUACUGAACUAAUCAUUACUGAACGAAAAUAGUUGUGCCAAUUGCACGCUUUGUAAUUCGUGAAAUAUGUGUAAAUAUGGUAGUAUUUAUUUUAAAUUAUGUAUCGACUAGGUCUAGGAAUAUUGUAGUAGAUAGUUAGUAAACUGACACAGAAAUAAAGUCUUUAUUAUUAUUUAUAUUAUUAUAAUCUCUGAGCGAAAUAAUAACACACAUAUGCUCUGUUCAUUGGAUGUGAAGUUUAGCUUUAUUGCUUGUAGAAACAAGAGUCAGUUGACUUUGAAGUGGAAUUUGAUCUAGAUGAUUACAGUCCGGGGGAGGUGAUCGUUCAAAAGGUUUGUCAUACAGAUACUUGUAUGUUCUUAUUGAGGAGAUUUCAAGCUCUAGAUUAACAAAAUAAAGAUUCAAUUCCCAACUAUGUUUUACUAAAAUAAAAUACAUGAAAGUGCACAUAAAGUCUAUCUCUAAGUGAAGCUGAAGAACUGGAAAUGUGGCAUGUAUUGUGUAAACUAAAAUAUUUUUAAUGAGCACUUUUCAUACUAUUUUUAUAGGUAGAAAAAAUGCAUGUAUCUCACACUGGAAUUCCUACGGCAAUGUCAUUGCGUAAGUAAUUUUAAAAAGUAUUCCCUAGCUAAGAAGCAACUUCUCCAGUUAAUUUAUUUAAAAUUUAAGUUGUAUUCUUUAUUGAAAUAGGCGAAGUAAAGAUCGCCAUUAAGCAAGGUGACGCAGCUACAGUUUUGGCAUCACUGGCUGGCGGAAUGAAUAUUGAUUCACAAGAUAGUGUCACAGGAAUGACGUUGUUGAUGAGAGCUGUGACCUUUGGCCAGGAAAAUAUCGUGAAAUUGUUGCUGAACCAUGGCGCCAAUAUUAACAUCAAGGAUAACACCGGAAGUACACCUCUCAUUGCAGCCUGCGAACAGGUAAAGAUAUGGUGUUCAAGGGAGACCGUAUAUAGCACUAGCCACCAAUCAACCUUUGCAAAAUCUUAAAUACCUAAACAACUGUGAACUAUGGAUAUUACGAACUUUAAUGUAUAAAUACUGAAAUUUGGCUUUUACCAACCAACGACCAAAACCUUGAAAAAUAACUAUCCCAACGACCGACCGGUUUAAGUUUCUUUUAUUAUACAUAACUUGUUUUUUUAUUGGUAGGGGUUUGAAAACAUCGUGUCUCUCUUACUGAAUGCUGAAAUUGAUAUCAAUGCUAAACAAACAUUGAGCGGUGAAACGGCGUUGAUAAAGGUCAGUGGAUAAGAAGGAUAACCGUAUAGUCAGUGAAAAGGGUCUUAAGCCCUGAUAAAACAAGAAUGAGAGUGUGUGAGAGCUGGCAGUCACACGACCUUGGUUAACUGUUCUUAAUGCUUUCCCAACACUAUCAUGUAUUCUAUUUAAGUUAAAACAUAGCUGGAACACUCAUCAAACCCUUACGUUAUUAGUCUAGAGCUUGAAAUGUCCGCUGUAACAAUUUGUUAAUUGAGUUUAAGUUUGUGUUUAUUGAGUUACUCCCUCAUUGGUGAGCUGAUUUCUCAACAGGCUAUACACCCUUUUCAUAAAUGGCUGCCGAUUAAAAAUUCUUUUAUGUGCAUAUAAAUUGGCCCAACUAGCCUCGUACUCAUGUUAAGAUUUCAAAGGAAUUUCUACCCAGAAACGAGGCUAGUUGGGCCAAUUUAUAUGCACAUAAAAUAAUUUUUAAUCGGCAGCCAUUUAUGAAAAGGGUGUAUUGCUCAAUUGAUAGGAGAUUCGAGUUACCUACGAUUUAACGUCCUUAUCCGACAAGACGCGAAAGUCUAAUCAUUUACUGAUCUCAAUGUAAAGGUAGCACUUUCUCCUGAAUCAUUCAAGACCUUGAGUAGAGGUCCGACCAAGGAUUUAACCCGGGUCUCCCAGCUUUGAAAGGCAGCGUGGUGAGCACCACACCACAAAUGCUGCUGCCAACUCUGAAUUCUUGUUUGAAAACAAGAUUACCAUACGUUUUACAGUUAUGUAUUUAGUGCAUAUGAUUUUUUCAGGCGUGUGUGAAAGGCCAUUACUCGGUGGUCACCAUGUUGUUGGCCCAUGGUGCUGACUGUCAGAUGAGAAGUAUAUCUGGAUUGACCGCUGCCCAGCUGGCUGCGCAAAGCGGGCACUUUGAGAUUCGUGAUAUGCUUGAAUCACAUAGCAAAAAGUAGGUGAACAUUGUUUAAGUAAUAUUUAAAACAUGAGCGACCGUGUUGGACGCAAAUGUUGUGAAUGGUUUGUGAAACGCCAUUCAUCUUGACGAGAACUUCGUAUUCUUCAACAAUUUAAAAUAACUGAAUGAUAUUUGGUGCGAAAAUUGAACUUAAAGUUUAUGUAAAUCAGCAUGAUUUUGUAUCAGAUAUACAAACUCCUUCACAGUCAUGAUUUCUUUUGUAUUUUCUUCUUGUACUGGAUAGCUUUAUCAGUUCUAAGUAUUCUUCCUGGAUUAAACACCACAAUGUUAUUGGUUAAUUUUUUCUUUGGUUAUUAAUAUGGUGAACUUUAUUUCACUCUUUUUUCAGGCUUCAACGUUGUGUUGAAACAGCGAUCGCAAGUUGUUUGUGUGAUUCGAGUAAAUUGAUGUAUCCGCCAUUAUUGCCGUUUGUUAGUUUAUAUCCAGCUGAAGGACAGAAAUUCACGUAUCACUUUCACUGCGGCAACUCGCUGCUCAGUAAGUUUUAUUUUUGUUAAAAUUGCAGUAUGUAUAUUGGUAUGGUUAGUUCAUGCACUUUCACUCUGUGAAUAGGCUUCAAUUUCUGCAAUAAAAUGUGAAUAUGCAGGUUUUUAUAUAAUUUUCCUCAGUACUUAGUAGCAUGUGAGAAGAUCGCUUCCAGUUUCACUCUUCGAAACACCGCAGGUUUUAAGAUUUUUCCUGGUGCUCUAGUUUCCUACAUUAGUAACACGAUGCCCUUAUUGGACCACGAGAUAAAGCAAUGUAGAACUGAUACAGCCAUACAACAGACAUUGACAUUUCAAUUUUUCAGGUAAAACGAUCUUGCUUUUCUGUCUUCGUGCCGUAUUCUCAAGAAGUGGUCAAGUAGAUCUCAGUUUCUCUAAAGACAAUGGAGUACAUACAGUUUUGUUGAAUGGAUCUUUACAGUCACCUGUUCUGUCUGUAAGUUAUCUAUCUUGCUCUUUCUUAUAUUUGCAAUGGAGCAAAUUUGCUUAAUUUAUAAUCUUGAAGUGUCUGUGCCAGUGUAGGUAGUGGCAAUAAUAUGAACAAGCUUUCGUUGGUAGAGAUACAACUACCUCAAAAAUAUAUAAGGAGAAUUUCGACGUUUCGAAUGAAGACGAAGGGCCUUCGCUCGAAACGUCGAAAUUCUCCUUUUAUUUUUCAAGUAUGGUUGCAUUCCUACCAACGAAAGCUUGCUUAAUUUAUAACUUAUCAAUGCUUUCAUAGUUUUUUUUAAAUACUCUGUAACGUUAGCACAGUCACUCAGCUACCAUCCUUAGCUGUUGCCCCGCCCACCCUCGCUUUCCGCCACUGCUCCUAGUAAAGCCCUGGGCAAACUAGGAAACAUUGUUGCGGAAACAUUGUUUCCUACCAACGUUUCGCCAUGUUUCCAAGAGUGGGCAAACACUAGGAAACAUUAGUGAGAAACAUAGCGAAACAUCAAAUGUUUCUGAAUUUGCUAGGAGACAUUUUUGCUUCUCGGGAAGUAAAUUUUGUUUCCGCAACAAUGUCUCCACGGGUGAGCAAACAGGGAAACAUUUGAGGAAACAUCGAGAAUCACAAAUGUUUCCGCAACAAUGUUUCCUAGUUUGCCCAGGGCUUUAGCUGUUGCCCCCGCUUUCCGCCACUGCUCCUAGUAAUUACAAAACAGAGUGCAAAUGAAUUUUUAUAGAACAAUAAAUCUGUGUUUGUACUGCAACCAAAGUUGGACACAAAUCGACUCAUCUUACAGACAUAUCAAUCACAUGUUCAUUUACUGGUUUGUAUAUAUGCUGCUGAACUGGACGAAAGUAUUUUAAAUAUUGAACGGUCCAGUCCCAUGAAUACGUAAUUUAUUUUUUUUAAAUAUAUAGAUAGAGUUAUAUUUAUCAAAGGCUGUAUUAGACCAGUGAGCUCUAUAUACAUAUCUGGAGCAUGAAGUGUGGUCAUUUGGCCAAGAUGACGGAAUUAGUUUUAAUACCAGUUCCCUCAGCUAAUCCCGGUUAUCGCUAAUCAAGUUAUCAGUUCAUAAAACCUAUGAUAAAAGUCAUAAAACCAUAGUAUUAUUCUUUAACAAUUAACAUACGAAAUUUCGGCACACUACUUGCAGACCGCGCAGACAAAAACAAUAGAAAAGGACUGGAACUGACGUUCUGGAGUUCUCGCUCAAUAUAUAUACGGAGCUCACUGUAUUAGACAGACUAAUGGGUAGCUUAAAGUUCUCCACUAAUAUUGCCGAGUACCGCUAAACAAGGGCUAACUGAUACAAAUCAUUUUUACGGAAAAAUCUCAAAUGACGCGAGCGAAUUAUGGCACAGAGUAUAUAUACCAUAUACCAGCCAUUUUGAAUGCUUUCAGCAGGGGUCGAAAUGUCGAAAGCUUUGGAGUAACCAUUCGGUAUCUCUGGCUACCUAAUCUAUUUUUUUAAAACACUUUUUAAUUCACUAUAUGUAUUGAUCUUGUGUGGUGGCAAACACAUUUAAUAGAAGCGUUAAAGCCCCGUACAGACGGGCAAUUUUUCCUUCACAAGUUUUAUUUACUCGUGUGUAAGCCUUUUUCCUCGCCAAGAAGCCUUGUUGCAAAGCUAUAGUCAUUCCAGCUUUUGGACAAGGAAAAUGUGUUCGUGUGUAAGGCCGCCUACCCUGCAGAGGGGAAAUCAGGCUCUGCUCUCAGAGUAACGGUCGCCAAAGAAAACGUGACAAGUGUACAAGAUAUACUUCUGUGGUUUUGGCAAACAAAAGGCGGCUUUGACGUGAGAUAAAUGUUUAGCUACAUUGCGUGCACAUGAGUAACAAAACUUGUCAAAAGAAACUUGUUAAGGGAAACUUGUAAACCGUCUGUGCGGGGGAUUUAAGCGUCUCUUGCUCGAACACAUUUUAAGUUGUUCGGCAUCUGCAGUACCAUAUCAAAAGACCUGAAACUCACCUAUACGUGGAAACUUUCAAAGUAAAUAACAUCCACAAAGGGAAUUUAUUUUGUAAAAAAAUAUCAUAAUUUUAGUUUAUAAUUGUAUUAUAUAGGAUUAUUUAAGAUUGUCUUAGAAUUCGUUUUAUAAUAUUCUGUUUAGAGGCGUUUUGUCAGGGUCAACUGUACAUUAGUUCUCGUUUUUGGUGAAUUAUACAAACGAUAUUAUAAAAUAUACAAACGAUUGAAGUUAUUUUAUAAAUGGAAAUCAAUGUAAUACUGAUGUUACAUAUAUACAUUUUUAAGCCAACUUGAAUAUUAUUGAUUUGCUUGGGUGGUGUAAUGGAAGGUAGUUUGAGAGUCUAAUCGGUUUAGAAAUUAUAUAGGUAGUAGAUAAGGGACUGGUCAUAAAGUAACUGCUAGGGUG